CCAAUCAGAUCUAACCCCCGAAACUAAGAUUGCCAAAGUGACACAGGUAUUUUUAUCUCAAAUGUCGGACAUUCCUCAUCCAAGGGUAGUUUGUAUCCACGUGGGUGCAUGUGUGUAUGAAUGUACAAGCGGGGGCGGAGGGGGAGACUUACCGGUUUAAAAAUCUGCAGGAACUAGUGUCUACUUAACUUGGCUUAUAACACAUGGGUUUUACCCAGUAUCAGCCGGUGGGUUGCAAUAACAACCCCCUCAAUGUCUUUCUCCAAUGUGCAAUCUUUUAUGUUAUGCCGUAUUAAGAUUUCUUUUUUGUGUCAUAUUGUUCAGCUAGGAGAAAAAAAAAGAAAACAAAGCAAUUAAAAAGAUUGACAGGUAUGGUUUGUGAGGGACCUAUUUGUAAUUGUCAGGGUGACGUUGGCAAGAGGAGGAGGAGUAAAAACUGAAGCCGGAAAAGCAGCUCGAUGUGUCUGUCUAUCAGUUGAGACUGUCUGAAAGCUCUGCGAUCCGAAUGUGUGUUAUAUUUCACUGAAAAGAGAAGAGAGCGAGAGUGCAUCUCCCUCUCUCCCAGGAGUUUGGGGGGGACAGUCCACGCUCAUCUCGCCCACCCAGUGAAUGUCUGCUCUUCACCCCUUCGCACACACUCUCCGGGUUGUUGUUGUUGGCUUUUUUUUUUUUUGGAGGAGGGGUGCUUUUUCUGUAUUUUUCAAAUUUUUUUCUGUUGGAAGAUCAAGACCGGCCAAAAAUCCAUGAUAAAAAUGUGUUUGCAUUAGAUUUCGCAUCGGAAGAACUGGCGAUCCUGGCGGCACAGCCCCGCGGGGAGCGCGGGGCACCAAGUGGCGCUACGGCGGGGUGACACUGUUUGAUCUGUGACUGUUUGGAAGGUGGAGCAGAGCCUGACAUCUCCCCCCGGCGCAUGUAUGUACAGGGGCUUCACUCCUCUGUCUUGUUUGCUUUCUUCCUCUUAGACUAAGUGCGGGGAGGAAAAGGACAGCCCGGAUCGGCCUCGCCGGCGCACAAUGAGCAAGCUGCGACCCGCGCACUAAAAACACUCGCCGCGACCCCCGCACCGCCUGGAGCGAGGCGGAGAGAAAGUUGCGCUCGGAGACUCUCGGCUCGCGGAGGAAGGCGCAGGGCAGCGCCCGCAGCGGCGCCCGGAGGAGCGCCCGCCAGCAGCACCGCGGCGGCGGGGAGGCGGCAGCAUGGAGCGCGGGCCGCGGGCCGGCCCUCCGAGCGCCCGCCGCUGCGCCCGCGGCCCGCACCGGGGAUGACUCCGGGCUCGGCGCCCAGGCCCCGCGCGCUACGCCCGCAGCCCGGCGGCCGGGACGCGGCCCUCGCGGCCGCCGCCGCCGCCGCCUCCUGAGCGGCCCCGGGCGCGGCCGUCCAUGCGAGCGGCGCCCCGCGGACCGCGGCGCGCCCGGAGCCCGGAGCCCGCGGGGACGAGGCCAGAGUUGGGCGCGCCGCGGAGUUGCGCCCGCGCCCGGGGCCCCGCGUCCCCGCGCCCCGCGAACUCCGGCGGCGGCUGAGGCGACGGCUGCGCGGCCCGAGCAGCAUGCCGAGGAGGAAGCAGCAGGCCCCCCGGCGCUCGGCAGCUUACGUUCCUGAGGAAGAACUGAAGGCAGCAGAAAUAGAUGAAGAAAACGUGGAGGAGGAUGGGCUGCCUUUGGACGUUCAGGAAAGCGACUUCGUGUGCAAUGAGGAGGCGGAGCUCAAGGAGGCCCCGAGCUACCAGAACUCCCCCAUCAGCACCGCGACUAAUCAGGACGCCGGCUACGGGUCGCCGUUCAGCGAAAGCAGCGACCAGCCAGCCCCUUUCAAGAGCUCUUCCUGCAAGGAAGAGAAAGAGGAGGCCCAGGGCCGGGAGGGCGUCUCCUACCCCCAGGACAGCUUGGCCCAGAUCAAGGCCGUGUAUGCAAACCUCUUCUCGGGGUCCUGCUGGUCCAGCUUGGCUCUGGAUUUGAAGAAGUCCGGCUCGACCACCGGCAACAGCGAUGCCGGCCAGAAGGAGGGCUCCACCCCCGCCGCCACGCCCCCCACCAGUACCGCGGGGGCCACCGGGACCACGGCGAGCACCCCCAGCUCGGGCUCCGGCUCCGGCACCGGCACCAGCGCCAGCGGCGGCUCCGGGUACGACUGGCACCAGGCCGCCCUGGCCAAGACGCUGCAGCAGACGUCCUCGUACGGGCUGCUGCCCGAGCCCAGCCUCUUCAGCACCGUGCAGCUCUACCGGCAGAACAACAAGCUGUACGGCUCGGUGUUCACGGGCGCCAGCAAGUUCCGCUGCAAAGACUGCAGCGCCGCGUACGACACGCUGGUGGAGCUGACGGUGCACAUGAACGAGACGGGUCACUACCGCGACAACAACAGGGACAAGGACUCCGAGAAGACCAAGCGGUGGUCCAAGCCCAGGAAGCGCUCCCUGAUGGAGAUGGAGGGCAAGGAGGACGCGCAGAAGGUACUCAAGUGCAUGUACUGCGGCCACUCCUUCGAGUCCCUGCAGGACCUGAGCGUGCACAUGAUCAAGACGAAGCAUUACCAGAAAGUGCCUCUCAAGGAGCCGGUGCCGGCCAUCACCAAGCUGGUCCCUUCCACCAAAAAGCGGGCGCUGCAGGACUUGGCGGCCCCCUGCUCCCCCGAGCCGGCGGGCGUCACGGCCGAAGUGGCGCCGAGCGAGUCAGCCAAGGACCAGAAGUCGGCCAACCCGUACGUGACGCCCAACAACCGCUACGGCUACCAGAACGGGGCCAGCUACACCUGGCAGUUCGAGGCCCGCAAGGCCCAGAUCCUCAAGUGCAUGGAGUGCGGCAGCUCCCACGACACCCUGCAGCAGCUCACCGCCCACAUGAUGGUCACCGGCCACUUCCUGAAAGUGACCACCUCCGCCUCCAAGAAAGGGAAGCAGCUGGUGCUGGACCCCAUGGUGGAGGAGAAGAUCCAGUCCAUUCCCCUGCCCCCCACCACGCACACGCGGCUGCCCGCCGCCCACGUCAAAAAGCAGCCCGACUCUCCCUCGGGGUCCGCCACCUCGGAGGAGAAGAAGGAGCCCGAGAAGGAGAAGGCGCUGCCGGCGGUGUCCGGGGACGCGGACAAGCAGAUCAAGGAGGAGGGUGAGGACGCCGCCGACAAGUUCGAGCCCACCACCCUCUACCAGUACCUCCGCGAGGAGGACCUGGACGACAGCCCCAGGGGCGGGGUGGACAUCCUGAAGUCCCUGGAGAACACGGUCUCCACGGCCAUCAGCAAAGCCCAGAACGGCGCCCCCUCGUGGGGCGGCUACCCCAGCAUCCACGCCGCCUACCAGCUGCCGGGCACCGUGAAGCCGCUGCCGACCGUGCAGAGCGUGCAGAUGCAAGCGUCCUACGCCAGCAGCGUGAAGCCUCUGUCCUCGGAGCACGGCGCGCUCCUGCACUCCCCGGGGAGCCUCACGCCGCCACCCCACAAGAGCAACGUGUCGGCCAUGGAGGAGCUGGUGGAGAAGGUCACGGGCAAGGUCAGCGUGAAGAAGGAGGAGAGGCCGGCGGAGAAGGAGAAGGGGUCGCCGGCCAAGGCCGCGUCCCCCGCGGCCAAGGAGAAUAAAGACUUCUCCAGGGCCGAGGACCUGGGCGGCGGCGGCAGGCCCCAGCAGAAGAAGGGCCCCGAAGCCGAUGCGGGGAAGACCAAGAAGGAGGGUGCGGUGGACGCCCACACCCCGAACGGCACGGAGCCCCUCAAGGCCAAAGUCACCAACGGCUGUAACAACCUGGGCAUCAUCACGGACCACUCACCCGAGCCCUCCUUCAUCAACCCGCUGAGCGCCCUGCAGUCCAUCAUGAACACCCACCUGGGCAAAGUGUCCAGGCCCGUGAGCCCCUCGCUGGACCCGCUGGCCAUGCUCUACAAGAUCAGCACCAGCAUGCUGGACAAGCCGGCCUUCCCCGCCCCGCCCGCCAAGCCGCCCGGCACCCUGGACCGCUACUGCUACGAGAACAGCGACCAGCCCAUCGACCUGACCAAGUCCAAGAGCAAGGCCCUGGCCCCGGCCGCUGCCGACGGCGUGUCCUCGCCUCUCCGGGAGAGCGCGCUCAUGGACAUCUCGGACAUGGUGAAGAACCUCACGGGCCGGCUGACCCCCAAGUCCUCCACGCCUUCCACCGUGUCGGAGAAGUCAGACGCCGACGGCAGCAGCUUCGAGGAGGCAGUGGACGAGCUGUCGCCCGUGCACAAGAGGAAGGGGCGGCAGUCCAACUGGAAUCCGCAGCACCUGCUCAUCCUGCAGGCCCAGUUCGCCUCGAGCCUGCGGGAGACCCCGGAGGGUAAGUACAUCAUGUCGGACCUGGGCCCUCAGGAGCGGGUGCACAUCUCCAAGUUCACCGGGCUCUCCAUGACCACCAUCAGCCACUGGCUGGCCAACGUCAAGUACCAGUUGCGGAGGACAGGGGGGACCAAGUUCCUGAAGAACCUGGACACAGGGCAUCCUGUUUUCUUUUGCAACGAUUGUGCCUCUCAGUUCAGAACUGCUUCCACGUACAUCAGUCAUCUAGAGACACACUUAGGCUUCAGCUUGAAGGAUCUCUCCAAGCUGCCACUGAAUCAGAUUCAAGAACAGCAGAAUGUUUCCAAAGUCCUGGCGAACAAAGCAUUGGGCCCGGUGGGAGCCGCCGAGGACGAUCUGGGCUCCACAUUCCAGUGCAAGCUCUGCAACCGGACUUUCGCGAGCAAGCACGCAGUCAAACUGCACCUUAGUAAGACCCACGGCAAGUCCCCCGAGGACCACCUGAUCUACGUGACGGAGCUGGAGAAACAGUAGCCCCGGGUCCGCGCGCGGGCCCGUGGCACAUUGCACUAAACGUCGUCAUACUGCACUAGGCCUGGCCUGAGCCUCCGAAAUCAGCCUGCCCUUUGUUGCUGACUGCCUGUCUGGACCUUGGUUUUUCUUACACAUAUUUUGUAGUUAUAUUUAUAUGCUCUUCGUCCGAUUGUGCAUGUUCCGUUUCUUUUUCCGUGAGUCAAAGUCUGACCUUUAUUUUCAACAUCUGUUCUCGAUGUUCAGCUCUCUUUUGUAGGAAAUAGUGGGGCACACUCCUCAGAGACAUUUACUUAGCAGGAAAGAAAGACACAAAUAACAAUGAGAAAAGACGUCCUAAAAUUACAAAGUUGCCAUGACAAUAAAGGUCAUAGAACCUCCUAGUGUCAAAUUUAACCCUUUGAGGACUGUAAUCGCAUUUCUGUGCCUUUCACUCAAAAAAAAAAAAAAAAAAGGAAAAAAAAAAGGCUUAAAGGCAUUUCAUUCAGAUCAAAAGCUGUGUCAGACACAAAACUUAUUUAAUAAUUAAAAAACGAGCUUUUAUAUGCAGAACUGGUUUGUGAAGGAAGCAUGCAUGCAGCUGUUGGAAAAUAGAAAGUUGUCUAGGACUCGGGGUUAGGAAGCCACAACUUCACAUGUUUAAAACAAACAAAACAAAACAAAAACUAACAGCAGCGACAACAAACACCCCAGUUGCCACUAUGCCCAAACCCUCUGGAUGCUGAAAAAAUGCCACUUUCGGCAAAAAAAAAAAAAAAAAAAAAAGUAUGCAAGCUAUUAUUUAAAAAUGUGUAAAAAUGCUAUUUCUUUUUUCUGUAAAAUACUGCAGUUUAUAGUUAUUUACAGAUGUAAGCUUUGGUACAAGCUGACCUUUCUAUAAGCGUGCUGCAUUGGUAAAUGAAAAAAAAAAUGGGGCAAAUGUUGGAGUCCUUUCCUUGUAAAUUGCCGGCAUCAGCUUAAAAACUCCUGUAUGUUACAUAUCGUCCCAUUUUAAUCUAUUCAACUUUCUUUGUACCUUCUGGCUGUAUGCUUUCUCUUUUAACUUUUUAUAUUGUCAUUUUAUAUUAAAUUUCUGUGUAUAUAGUGUACAACCACAAUUUUUGAAUAAAAUUUAGUUCCUGCAGCUUGAUUUAAAUAGAGAAAUUUUACUGCAACCUGCAUCUUUCCAGAUGCAUGUAUAUCAGACAAAAAUAAAUAAAUGAAAACAGAGCGAGCGAUGCACUAUUAAUUAUACAUUUUGAUGUUCUAUCAUUAAUAUUGUACAGUACAUUUCGGUUCACACAAUUAAAUCCACUGUUUUCUCAAAUGUAAAAUAAACCCACAUGCAGUUCUUGAUUUA